UGAGGAAAGCGAAAUGUAAUCACAACAAUUUGUUCGUAAAAUGUGUUAAUUUGACUCCGUUGUUACAGGAUUGUGAUUUGGGAAGAGAAACAUUCGGUUGUCCUGAUUGAAUAUUGCUGCUGAACUAGCUGAUAGGAUAUUUUGUUUUUCAAAUCAAGGAGCACAUGGCUUACAUUUUAACCCUUGAAGCGUUUUAUGGUGGAUCACACAAGCAAUUGUUGGAUAUUAUUUUAAAAAAUUUCAAUCGGGACGAGUACGAUUUAUUCACAAUUCCGGCCAAAAAAUGGCACUGGUGUGCACGGAUGAGUGCAUUGCAAUUUGCUCAGAACAUACCCACCACCCACGCAUACCGGACCAUCUUCUGCAGUUCUGUGCUAAACCUUGCCGAACUAAUCGGCAUGCGACCUGACUUGGCCAGCUGUCGUAAGGUUGUUUACUUUCAUGAGAAUCAACUGUCCUAUCCGGUUAGAGAGAGCAAAAGCCGGGACGUGCAGUAUGGAGUCAAUCAGAUAACCACGUGUCUCUGCGCCGACUUGGUGCUUUUCAAUUCAAAGUACAACAUGAGCUCGUUUUUAGGAAGUAUUCAAUCGUUUCUGAAUAUUGUGCCGAAUAUGAGCUUCAAAGGAAUACGCGAGAAAAUUGAGCCAAAAUGUGAAGUUUUGUACUUUCCUAUCGACUUCCAGCACAUCCCAAGUAGAUCCGCAAUGAAUACAGGAUUGCAAGACCGUGAAAAAAAACCCUUGCACCUCAUAUGGCCUCAUCGGUGGGAGCAUGAUAAAAAUCCAGAGCAAUUAGUCGACGCGCUCGUAGCUCUGCAGGGAAAAAAUGUCGACUUCCACGUGUCGAUAUUGGGCGAACGGUUUGAAACGGUUCCUAAAUGCUUCGAGAACAUACAGCAGCUUUUACCUGGAAAGGUGAUACAUUUCGGACCACUUCCGAAGGUGGACUACUAUCGUACAUUAGCAGAAGGUGAUGUGGUCUUGUCGACUGCUUUGCACGAGUUUUAUGGUGUGGCAAUGCUUGAAGCUGUACAUUGUGGAUGCGUACCGCUCGCACCGAAUCGGCUUGUGUAUCCGGAGCUGUAUCCGAAGGAUAAACUCUUCAAUACAACCGCACAGCUAGUUAAGCAACUAUACAACUGGUGCCGCAAUAGAUCGUUAUUUGAAAAACAUCGGGAAGCGUUUUUUAACGAAUUUAGUUUCGAAUAUUAUGCAGCUGAUAAGUUGAUUCCCAGGUAUGUUUCUGCUAUUAAACAUAACUGAUUGCCUAGCAA